GGUUGCUCAUCGUGGGUUCCCCAUCCUACCAUCACCUUGACCCUUCCCCCAGUCUCUUUUCCAUGUCUUAUUCCAGCACAUAAUUGCAUCACAAUGCGGGGAGUACAAAUUUUCUCUGGGACAUCGCAUCCCACACUUGCUAAGGUGGUCUGCGACCGGUUAGGGACUCAACCCGCCCGGGCAGACUUAGGUAAAUUCGCCAAUGGGGAGACAAGUGUGAAUAUUGGUGUCUCAGUACGGAACCAAGAUGUCUAUAUUGUCCAGAGUGGCAGUGAAAAGAUCAAUGACAGUGUCAUGGAACUCUUGAUCAUGAUCUCUGCCUGCAAAGGAGGUUCUGCGAAGUCCAUCACAGCGGUUAUACCGUAUUUCCCAUACUCUCGCCAAUCAAAAAAGAAGAGCCAUCGUGGUGCCAUCACCGCCCGCAUGCUGGCAAAUCUCCUCUCAGUUGCUGGAGUAGACCAUGUGAUAACAUUGGACUUGCAUGCAUCCCAGAUGCAGGGCUUCUUCGGCAAACCCGUGGACAACCUGUUUGCCGAACCCUAUAUCGCUCGUUGGAUCCGCAUGAAUGUUCCUGGCUGGAAGGAGGCAGUCGUUGUCAGCAAGAAUGCCGGGGGUACUAAGCGUGUUACUUCAUUAGCGGACACCUUGAAGCUCAACUUCGGCAUCGUCACUACCGAUAGGCGGCGUCCCAAGAUGAAUAUGGCUAUGACAGACAGCACGGUCUUCUUUGAUUCUAUAGAUGAAGAUUGCACGCCCGUCCAAAAAGAGGACGAUCCGUUUGUACUCCACGUACAGACUGGAAACCAUGGCGAUUCGCAAACCGAAGAGGUGCAUAGGCUAUCUGAUAACAUGGAAUCAUUGUUAUCGGCAAAUGCCUUGCUUCCGGAUAUCCUGACGGGUGCUCGACGCCCGUCAGAGUUAGAAGCUGCACACGGGUGUACAGAUGUCCGAGUACACGACGUAAUCACUGGGCGACUCGUAGAGGGUCACCUCGUCGAUGAUGAUUAUCCCCCAGUCGAUUCUACGCCUGCGUCGGGAGACACUACCCCCGGGCAUACUGUAGCAGAGAAUGAUUCUGUUCCUGACCCAAUGAUGGAAUCGUUUGUCUCCAACACAUCUUCUUUACCCGGUGACCAUGCUCUUGGCGGCUCGUUUGAUGCUGCUGAAUCUUCUGAUGAAGAAGGUAGUGUUGGACGAGCUGUCGAGCGGGAGAAGACCAUUACUUUCGUGGGCGACGUCCGUGACAGGACUGUGUUCAUCGUCGAUGACAUGAUUGACAAAAGCGGAUCAUGGAUUGCUGCUGCAGAGACUGUUGUGAAGAAGGGUGGCGCUAAGAAGGUUUACUGCAUCGCAACCCACGGACUCUUCGGGGACAAAUCCCUUGAGCAAAUGGAAGAGUGCGACGCGAUUGACUACAUCGUAGUGACCAACACUUUCCCCAUCUCGGAACAGAUGGUUAAGAAGUCGAAGAAGUUGGUCGUCAUCGAUAUAUCGACUCUCAUCUCAGAGAGCAUUAGACGCCAUCAUUAUGGUGAAAGGUAAGUUAAUCCUUCAAUCCACGGCUAUACUGGGAAAUCCUAACGCUUGCUGAAGUGUUUCGGCACUUUUCCAUCUGAACGACUAACGUGUAUUCUUCAACUGCACCUUUUUCUAAAUCCAUGCUUUUGGCCGGGGUAAAAUCUCGCCACUGUGCCCACUACGGUAAAACAUGAACUUGACGCAUUGAUUGAUGAUGACUUCAAGCGAGUAACGACCUGAAAAAUGAUGAAUUUCUUAUCCUCUAUACCAGAUGGCGGUUACUUGCUUUCACUUGGCAGUCUU